GAUGGAGUCCGAGAAACCCGGGAGCGUUCAACAAGGGAGUUCUGAGGACGAUCAACACAGUUUUGACGAGUUUGAGCAAAGUUUAAUAAGCAUGGAGAAUAUCGACAGGACGUCGCCCGAACUCUGGCCGGAAAAAUUUCCAGGCCUUACUGAUUUUAUAAGCAGCUAUGCCAAUUUGAAUACAACCAAGUUGCCUUACAAUAAAAAGUUCAAUCAUGAAGACCAGACAUAUAUGAACCAAUUAUCAACUCUGUCUACAUCAUCACUUGUAUCCAAAGUCAAGGAACUACAUGAUAUAACAUACCAAUUGGGCUUAGAAGAAUCAAAAGAAAUGACCCGUGGGAAGUACCUAAAUAUAUUCAACAGGAAGAUACGCAAGGAAAAGUGAUGAAAGGAAUAGGAACUGUUAAGUAUUUUAUGAGUACAUUUGUUUUUAAUUUAGACAGUUCUUUUGUUAUACUAUUGUUUACUGCUGGAAUUAUUAUAUAUUGUUUAAUUAAGAUGUGGUCAUAAAUUAAGUAUAAUUUA